AUGUAUGAGAUGAAAGUUGGUGUAAUGAGAUAAGUAAUUUUAAUAUAAAACUAUUACUCAUCCAUGGGUCCAUAGCUCAGUUUUAGAGCAUUUGAGCUGCAUGUUUGAUCUCAGAUCAUGAGGUCACCAGGUUCGAACCUGGUUGGGCCCUUCUUUAUUCAAUUAUCCAAUAAUUGUUUUAUUUUAUUUUAGUUGGUGAUUUGCCCCCUGAACUUCUACCUAGCUUUCGAUGAAUCCUAUUUUUUUAUUUAAAUUUAUAGAAAAUUAAGGAUAUGACUUUUUUUUUGGCCAAUUUCCCCCUUACUAUCUAAAUUCUCAAUAUUUCAUCCAAUUUGUCGUUAAAUAUGAGGGCAUAUUGGUAAUUUCAUACUUUAAAAAUACUAAAUAUAGAAAUUAAAAUUAAAAAUUGAAAAAAUAAUGUUAAAUUCACCCUCUGAUUGAUAGCCACCAACAUCACCACCGUCUCUUUGAUCUCUUUCCCCCUCCUUCUCUUCAACAUCCACCAACAUCACGAUCCUCCACCCUCUGUCUCUUAUCUCCCCCAUGUGCCCACCCCCUCCUCCUUCUCCCUCCCACUUUCUCUCUUUUCGCGUCCCUUUCUCCCCUUACCAAGGUUACAGAGAGGAAAACAGAAUUUAAUAAUAAAUAUCUCUAGAUUUUUUGGGUGGCUGUUUAGGAUUUUGAUCUUGAAUUUUUUCUUUUUAGUGGUUGUUUGGGUUUCUUGGGGAGUAAGUUGAGGUUAAUAAUAAAGAUCGUGAAACUUUUUGGGUGGCUAUUUAGGAUUUUGAUAUUGAAUUUUUUUUUUUUUGGGUAGCUGUUUGGGUAUUCUGGGAGGUGAGGUUGUGGAUGUCGAAGAAAGAAGGUGACAUAAGGAGGAGGGGGCGGGUGAAGGGUGGGCAAUGCUGAUGUCUGUGAAGAGAGAGGGGGAAGAGAUAAGAGAGAGGGAGACACACUUUAUAGAGAACCAAAGGAAGAAAAAAAAAAAAAAUAUAUAUAUAUAUAUAUAUAUAUAUAUCAAAACGCUAAAGCCUAAGGGAAUGGGGCGACGAGAGAGAGAGAAGGAGGUGGGAGGAGGUGCGUCGGGGUUGGGGUUGGUUGGCCUCGGGAGAAGUAUCGGGCAGAGGAGGAGGGGGAGAAAAAAACAUAGGGGAGAGGGAAGGAAAAAAAAACAGGGAAAUAAGGUUUUUAUUUUGUGUUAUCUUUUAUUGGCGAAAAUAAAAAGUUCAUAUCCUUAAUGAUAUGGGAUAAAUCAAAAGUUAAGUACCAAUUUAAGAGCAAAUCACUAAUUAACCCUAUUUUAAUUUUUUUUGGGGUACAAAGGGUCUUUCAUUAAGACACGGUAUUGUUCGUGCCAUUCCUGCAAUUUUUGUUCUCAUCAGGUAAAACGCAAUCCCUCCCUAACCCUUCAAAAACUCUACAAAUUUGUAGAUUUUCCUAAAAACCUAUACAAGGUAGAAGGUACCUACCAAAACCCUAUACAUGUUAUUCAACAAACCCACCUGCAGAACCCUAAAAAACCUCAUCUUCCCCUCUGAACAAACAAUCUUUUCCUUCCUGCGCCAUCCCCAUAACCCUCCUCACACAUACACCCAGAAAUUCAACUAUGUCGAUGUCUACAUGAAAUGGAAGAAAGACUCGUACUACGAUUCAAUCGAGCAAAUUCACAAGUCCAUAAUGCUUAAACCCAUCAUCUCUCUCAAGAACUGCAUUUCCCAGGACCCCGGUGGUUGCAUCCCAAUCUCUGAUGUGUCCAAAAGGGGCAUACAAUUGGAGGUCCCCAUGAAGGUUGCAAGGUUCUUGAGGCUCUACCCAUCAAUCUUUGAAGAGUUUACUGGUCCACAAUACAAUCUUCCCUGGUUUAGGUUGACCCCAGAAGCUGAUGAGAUUGAUAGGGAGGAGAAAAGGGUUUAUGAGGAUUGCAGGGAGGACUUGAGGGAUAGGUUGAAAAAGUUUAUCCUGAUGAGUAAAGAAAAGGUUUUGCCUUUGAAAAUAAUACGAGGAAUGCAGUGGUAUUUGGGUUUGCCUGAUGAUUUCUUGCAGCACCCGGAUAAGAAUCUGGAUGAGUCUUUUAGGAUUGUGGAGAUGGAAGAUGGGUUAAAGGGAUUGGCUGUGGAGAGUGGUGAAAAGGUCUUGUCUACGGUGCAAAGGAAUGCAAUGAAAAAAGGGGUGUAUGUUGGAGGUCCAAUGGAGGCAAUUGAGUUUCCUCUUUUCCCAUCUAAGGGUUUGAGGUUGAGGAGGAAGAUUGUGGACUGGUUAAAGGAGUUUCAGAAGCUUCCCUAUGUUUCACCUUAUGAGGAAUUUUCGCAUUUGGAUCCGGAUAGUGACAUAUCCGAAAAACGAGUUGUGGGGCUUCUUCAUGAGUUGCUUAGUCUCUUUGUUGAGCAUUCGGCGGAGAGGAAGAAGCUUCUGUGUCUUAAGAAGCACAUGGGGCUGCCACAGAAGGUGCACAAAGCAUUUGAGAGGCACCCCAGUAUGUUUUAUUUGUCUUUGAGGAACAAGACUUGUACAGCCAUCCUUAAAGAGGCAUACUGUGAUGAAUCUGCUAUUCAGAGGCAUCCACUUUUAAGUGUAAGGAAUAAGUACAUUAAUUUGAUGAGGGAAUCGGCGACGAUUUUUAAAACUAGGAGAGUGAAUAGCCGGUUCGCUGAUCGUUGGGAUUCAGGUUCUGAGAAUGAAGAUGGAAAGGAGGUGUCAGAUGUACUUAGUAGAUGAUUUUCAGUACGUAGCCCAAUGGAAGACCGGUAAGAAGUUGCUUCUAAACUAAAACUAGGAGAGCUGAAGAGAGUUUUCUAAUGGAGUUACUAAGAACAGGCUUAGUUACAAAGAACAUUCAGUAAAACAUCUUUUGCCUGAAGAAUUCAAAACAACAAAUGAGAAAGCGUAAAUCGACAAAGACUUACGCAGCGCAAUCACUUUCCGGAAAUGAAAAAGUGGAGAACAAGCUUGGCAUGGCAUGAGGCCGAUAAUAGAACUGAAACCAGGAGGUGCUUUUGUUGUUCCAGGCUCGAAUGAUUUAUUCGCUUUGUAAAGCCUUUUUUUUUAACGCUUUUAAAGCCCUUGGGAAAGUGACAAGGUGACGACCCUUUGUGUCUAAUUUGCCAUUUUGGCUGUGAAUAAGAAUUUUUCUAACACAAGAAUGAAAAAGAGGUGAAUUAAAUGUUAUUUUGAUUCCUCCUGGAGAAAA